AUGCCUCUCAUUCUCAUUGAUUUUGUGUGCAUGUUGACAGAUUCACGCCGAAGUGAUGAUGAUGAUCAUAUUGAUCAACUGGUUGAAAAAUUGAGCCAAAAGAUCAUGUCAGGAUCAAGAAGAAUCGCAAAUCCCUUCUCGCAAAGUUUUACACUUGUUCACACGAUUGACAAGGUUACACAUUCACCUGCCAUGUCUUGUUCGACAGCUGUAACAUUGUCAAAUUUUGAUGAUGUCUAUCUGAAACAUCCUUCAGAAAUUAGAAUUUCAUAUCAUCAUUCUUGUAUUAUAAUUUGUGACUCGGGAAAUCAUCGUUUAUUAUUUUUUGAUUUGUCGUCAAAAAAGUUUAUAACGACAAUUUCCAUGGAAGUGUAUCAUUUUUGCAUUCAGGAGAAUUAUGAUCAUUUGAAUCACGAUGCUCUGUUAGUGAUUUCAUCUAAAAUGUUUCAAAGUCAUUGUUGUUUGAAAUACGAUUUACUUAAUGUCAUGAAUCAUUCUCACAGGAUGGACACUGACAUUGCCAUUGACAAGAAAGUCAUAUGGAAAUCACAAGCAUUUCAGAAUGUUACUGGAAUAUCCAUUUCAAAGAAACAUGUGUUCAUCUCUGAAUUUCUUUCCAAAAGCAUUAUUAUUUUGGAUUUGUCCUCGGGAAGAUUACGUGCAAUGGAAAAGUCUUCCGAAUGUCGUGUUGAAAUAUUUUCAACUAAUGAUUCCAACGCUUUAUGGAAAAGUGUGAAAAGUUUUGGAGCAAACGAAUUGAAUUCACCAAAAGGAAUAUGUCUGGAUAAGAGUAGAGGUCAUAUUCUCAUUACAGAUUCAGUGAGCUCACAAUUUAAUCGAAUUCAAAUCUUUAGAGAUGAACAACGUGUAAAAUCCUAUUUCACGAAUCGUUUGAAAUGCAACGCGGGAAUGUGUUUGAAUGAAUUCACUGGAGAGUUAAUUGAUCUCGGAAAAGUCAAAUGUCACAAAUCCGAACGAGAUUUUUAUGCUCUCAUUCCCAAAUAUCCAAGUGCUCAAGAAAAAUCCAGUGGUGCAGGACAUGCUAUCAAAUCUUCGAAACGAUGGAUUGCACAUUCCACUUACGUCUAUGCUCAAGAAAAAAUUGAUGGCUCUCAGUUGUCAUUCAUGCUCGUCAAUGACACUGCCAACAACGAUGACGCCAUUUCCAAUUCAGAAGGAAAUAAGAAAUUAAUUUUUCGAACCAAGAAAGGUCCAAUUUCCAAUGACAUUUGUUUUGAAAAUGCCAUCAAGGCCAUUUCAGAAAUUCAACAUUUACUUUCUCCCAAUUAUGUCUAUCGAGGUGAAACCAUCACUCGUUACAGACAUUGUCGUGUCAUGUAUGGCUUCAUUCCUCCAAAAUCAUUUGUCUUGUUUGAUGUUCAGAAUGAUAAGGGAAAUUAUUUACUUCCUGAUGAAAUUGAAAUGGAAGCCAAACGAUUGGGAUUGAUGUGUGCUCAAAUUGUGUAUCGUGGAGUGUUGGAUUUUGAAAAGUUGAAAUAUUUGUGUAAUAAUACCAAGUCACAGUUGGGUGGUUAUGCGAUGGUUGAGGGUUUGGUUGUGAAACAAUAUUUGGAUAAAACGACAGUUGACACUUUUUCUGAAUCUGAAUAUACCAAGUCCAAGAGAAGUGAAGAAGAUGAAUUGGAUGGCUGUGGUGAUGUUCGAAUGGUUUCAUUCAAAAUGGUUUCCAAGCGUUACAAGGAAACUAAAAAACCAAAACAUCUCAAGGAAGAAAAGGAUAUUGACACCAAAUUGAAAACUAUUGCUCAAAGUGUCUGCACUCAAUCGAGAUGGGAAAAAGCCAUGAUUCGUUAUCUUGAGGAAGGAGGUGACAUCAAUCAUAGGGAUUUGAGUGGUAUUCUAUGUUUGGAAAUUAAGAAGGAUAUCAUUAAGGAAGAACAUGAUUCCAUUCAAAUAUUGUUGAAAGAGUGUGAAAUGGAAUGUACAGAUGGUUUGGUAGAUAUUAUUUUGGAAUAUGCAGUUGAAGGAGUGAAAGAGUGGGUUAAGGAGUAUGUCAAGGAAAUUGCAUCGACCUUGAUUCAAGACACGAAUGCAAGUAAUUCUGUUGAGGAGUUGUCUAUAACAUCUUCCAAUCAUGAUGAAUAA